GCUGAGCCAGAUCUUCAUGCCACUGCAGGCAGCAGCAGCAGCAGCAAAACUUCUGAAGGUUUGCAGAAGAUAGUAAGAGAACCACCAAGAAGGCUAUUGCAGUAUUCUGCUUUAAUGAAACAUCCCCCUCUUUACCUCUGAAACUGCUGCACCUUUCACCUGCCACUGUCAGAAAACUGCAUUCUGGUUCUGGAGUUUAUUGUGAUAAAUAUCCUUCAGUGGAAAUUAUUGCCAGUAUGUAUCAAUCUGUAUCUGAAACCAGACACCCUUUGCAAACAGAGGAACAAGAAGUAGGCAUUGAUCCUUUGCAGAGUUACUUGAACAAAACAGAGGAAGGAGGAUCGAAUGAGAAUGGAAGCACACAGCACACCUCAGAUUCUGCUGGAACAUUUAUUUCUUACAGUAAAGAAUGGGAAGAACUAUUUGUAAACAACAAUUACUUGGCAACUAUACGGCUGAAGGGGAUUAAUGGGCAGCUGAGAAGCAGCAGGUUCCGUAGUGUUUGCUGGAAGUUGUUUCUGGAGGUGCUACCCCAAGACAGAAGUCAAUGGAUUAAAAACACUUCAGAAUUAAGAACUUCAUAUAAUAAGAUAAAAGAAAUCCACAUUACAAACCCUCGAAAAGCAGGACAGCAAGAUCUGAUAAUCAACAAUCCGCUCUCUCAAGAUGAGGGGAGUCUUUGGAAUAAAUUUUUCCAGGAUAAAGAGCUUCGAGCAAUGAUUGAACAAGAUGUAACAAGAACUUUUCCUGAAAUGCAGUAUUUCCAGCAAGAGAAUGUGAGGAAAAUUCUUACAGAUGUUCUGUUCUGCUAUGCCAGAGAAAAUGAGCAGUUGCUCUAUAAACAGGGUAUGCAUGAACUCUUAGCUCCCAUUGUCUUUAUCCUGCAUUGUGACCACCAAGCUUUUUCACAUGCCAGUGAAGCUGCACAACCAAGUGAGGAAAUGAAAGUUCUUUUGAAUCCCGAAUAUCUGGAACAUGAUGCCUAUGCAAUGUUCACACGUCUUAUGAAGACUGCAGAGCAUUGGUUUUCAACUUUUGAGCAUGACAGUCAGAAGGAGAAAGAUGUGAUGAUUACACCUAUGCCAUUUGCAAGGCCACAGGACUUAGGCCCGUCUAUUGCUAUUGUAACUAAAGUAAACCAAAUUCAGGAUCAGCUGCUGAAGAAACAUGAUAUUGAGCUGUACAUGCAUCUGAACCGACUGGAAAUUGCUCCACAGAUCUAUGGACUGCGGUGGGUAAGGCUGCUCUUUGGACGUGAAUUCCCACUCCAGGACCUUCUUGUUGUCUGGGACGCUCUAUUUGCUGACAGUAUCACCCUGAAUUUAGUUGACUACAUUUUUGUAGCCAUGUUGUUAUAUAUUAGAGAUGCCUUGAUAUCAAGUAAUUACCAGACCUGUUUGGGACUUCUGAUGCAUUAUCCUCCUAUUGGAGACGUUCACUCCCUUAUCCUAAGAGCACUUUUCCUUCGAGAUCCAAAGAAAAAUCCAAGACCAGUGACUCACCAGUUCCAACAAAAUUUAGAUUAUUACAAAGCGCGUGGAGCAGACUUGAUGAAUAAAACUCGUGCCAGUGCUAAGGCUGCCCCACUGAACAUCAACAAAGUCUCCAACAGCUUACUGAACUUUGGCCGAAAGCUGAUAGCUCCGGCCAUGGCUUCAGGUAGCACUGCAGGCCCCACUGCUGGGGCAGGUAGCUUCCCUCCAACAACAGUGCCUACCCGUGGGACAGCGGAUGGCCCCCAGUACCACCAGCACCAGGCACAGCAGCAAAGAAUGAUGAAGUCGGAAAGCAUGCCAGUCCAGCUGGGCAAAGGCGAUGCCCCCGGUGGCGAUGCUGCACUUCCCGGCCCUGCGCAGAACCCCUCUGCGCUCCCAGGUCAAAGUUCAAAAAUCAGCUCAUCUCCAAGCAUAGAGAGCUUGCCUGGGGGACGUGAAUUUACAGGAUCUCCACCUUUGUCUGCAUCAAAAAAGGAUUCAUUUUUUAGCACCAUCUCCCGUUCUCGUUCCCAAAGCAAGACUAUGAGCAGAAAAGAGUCUAGGACAUACUCCACGAUUUUUCCAAGGACUAAGGAGGAGGAAUUGGAGGCCCAAAUUUCAUUCCUACAAGGGCAGCUAAACGACUUGGAAGCCAUGUGCAAAUAUUGUGCAAAGAUGAUGAACACACAUCUUGGAAAUAUUCAGGAAGUCAUAUUACAAGAACACUUGGAAAAAGAAGAUGAAAUUCUGGUUUCCUUGGCUGGUUUGAAGCAGAUCAAAGAUAUUCUGAAGGGUUCCCUGCGUUUCAACCAGAGCCAACUGGAAGCUGAAGAAAAUGAGCAAAUCACGAUAGCAGAUGACCAUUACUGCUCCAACAGUCAGAACAAAGGGACUGGUGAUAUCCUGAAGGGACCCGUUAUGACAAAGCAACAGUUGAUCUCAGGACGACCGACUACCACUGAUUCAAGCACUAGAGAGAGUAAGGGUGCUGAUGACUGUAUUUUGGUUUCCAAAGAAGAAGGAAGCAGAAGUGCUGUCCCAGAGCCAGCACAGUUGCUUCAGACAUUCAAGGAAUCAGCAGUGAAGCCAGAAGCACCAUCUCGUCCUUUGGUAUUCUCUGACCCUCUGAUGGGCUCCAUCUCAGCCUCCUCCAGCAACCUGAGUUCCAGCCCUGAUGACAACAGUAGCAAUAACAGCAAAGAUUCUGACUUUGCUAUUGUAAGCCCACUGGACAUCUAACCAAACUGACUGGGAGAAAUUAGAAGGCCAGCUGGUACACCUCAGCUCGGCUUCCAGUGGUUCCACAGGCUGGACGGUUCUUUGGAUUAGAAGGACAGAAAAUAGGUGAAGGUAACGCAUCCAGCUGCCAAAAGCCUAGGUCAAAAAAAAUACAUUUUUUGUUGCGACUCUUCAAAAAGAAUACACAUCUUGUGAUGACUGCCUUAAGUAAAAACCCAGUAAACCUGGUUCUAAUAUACAGUUAUUCUUAGUUAUAGAUCUGUCUUACUUAGGAGCUUUGUUACUAUAGAACUGUUGCUUUCUUGAAACAUAGAAUAGUAUGUGCUAAGUACCAUAAUGGAUUAGGAAAUGCAUAGGUACUUGACAUCAGACCUGAAGAGGCAAAGACAAACUAGGUUUAAUAUCGUCCUUCUGCAAAAUAUACUAGACUGGGUUUUCUGAAUAGGCAAGGAUACUGUUUCUUCAGAGUCUGUGACUAGAGAAGUAGAGAAUGUAAAUCAGAAAAAUUAAAAGCAUCAUCCUGGCACUUGUUCUCAGUUGAGGAAUCCUAGUUUCUUUCUUUUCAUCCAACAGUAGCCUAAGGUGUGUUAAAGGCACUGGUUUGUGUAAUAGUUCCUCAGCACUGUGUUAAAGUGAAUGUAUUACAAAUUCCUUGAGAAGGGGGACCUAUACAACAGAGCCUUACUUCCCUUUGCCUACUAUUUUUCCCCUUGAGAAUUCUCAGCUCACCUCUUUCCCUCUUAGUAUCUGUGUGCUUUUACUCCCCUGGCAUGAAUUAAUUUUGAUUUUACAGAGAUCGCUACCAUCAAAGAGUAGGGAAAUUACAUUAUUUCAUAGUGUAUACCUGAGCCAGUUGAUCUAAAAUUAUUUUGAGUAUGGUAAUUUAACAGGGAAGGGUGCAAAGUAGAUAUAAAAUGUUCAUAAUUAAAAGCACUUUAUGUCUCCUUGCUAUUAUCUUCUAUGUCUCCUUGCUAUUAUCUUCUAUAUAUUCUGUUUACAUAUAUGCAUAUAUGAUUUCCACAUUACUAGUCAGAAAAAAAAAAAUACAUAAUGGUGCAGCAGCAUUAACCAACAGAAAUUUUUUAAUUAACCCUAAAACUUGUUCUUCUAUGGAAAAGUGUAUUUCUUUGCCAUCAAGUACAUACUGCAUCUAAUAACUGUUCUUUUCAAAUAGGUAAGAUAGGUGUUCUUUGUACUCACUGAUUCCUUUAAACUCUUCUGGAAUUUGCAAAAAGAAACUGUUAGUCAGAGGAAGCCUUCUGCUCAUGAAGGACCUGUGCAGUUAUAGCCAGAGGAAGUAGUGCUAGAAAAUUUCUCCAUUUCUAACAACAGUACAAAAUCUGAAUUAUUUUGUUUCAAGAUACUUAUCAAGUACACUGUGCAAGAGCAUUGUAGCUGUAUGGUGAAGCUUCUGUUGGUAUAGUCUUUUAAAUGGUAGUUAUUUGCUGAUUAGUCUGUGGUUGUCAGUGGAGUUAAGUACAAUAUCCCAAAGAUGAGGUGAUAUGGCUUGCUGGUUUUAGAUGGUUUGUGUUAAUGACUGACAUUAAGAGAAAGCUGUCAUGUAAUUACAUGGGAGCUGCCAUAUCCUUACACAUUCAGAAGCCGCUGUGUAGUUCUUCUGAGAUUCUCUGUGCCUUGUAAAAUGUUAAAACACUGGAAUGUUGUGAGCAGACAUAGUAUCACACAUCUCUGUGGCAGUGGUGUGAACAGUCAGAUGGCUUUGUUUAGAUGAGAGACCUUAAGCGAGUAACGUUUCAGAUAGGUGUUUAUUUUGGUUUAGUUUUAAGCUUCAUAGAAAAUCACUUUGGAAAUAAACACACAUGCCUACCUUCAGGUUUAUUUUAUGUCCCUGAUUUUGUGUGAAUGCCAGGGGAUUAGGUGCCUGUUGGGUUUUUUAAGUCUUUACAACUCUUCUAGCCUUAACCCAUUCAGCAAGGCUUGUGCCACACUACCAACAAAGGGGAAUCUGUUCAACCAGUACUUGUGGAAAGAGGAAAGAAAUAUUCUGGGGGCAGAGAGACAAUUUUUAUAUUCUGUGAUACGUAAGCCUUCAGUGAUUCUAGAACUUUGGCAGGGGAAAAUGUUUUUACUUUUUUUUAUUAUUUUAGGAAUCAUUCUUUUCAUUUCUGUUCUGGUUGUUUGUUUCAGGGAUCACAUUGCUGUUUUCUUGAGCGGUCUUAUUGCCAUUGGAAGAGUGUGAUUUGUACAGUCCUUUUAUUUUUGUAAGUUAGUUGUAUCUUCAAUACAGCAUAUUUUAAAGCAGCGCUGAAAGUAUAUACAGAUUUUUGGAGUUUCUAACAAGUUUUCUCUAAGCAGUGGAUACCACUGAGCUGGAUGCCUGUCAUGCCAAGGGAUAUAAUAAGAUCCUUAGAAGCAGAGAGUUGAUUAUGCAAGUAAGAUUAGAGCAAGUUCCAGUAAACGAAUCUGCUUUGGUUACACCAUGUUCUUCCAUGUCACAAAUUUGCUGUCACAUACUUAAUCAUGGUACAGAGACAGUUAAAAUUUUAUAUAUUCUUUAAAUCAGAUGAGCCUGUAAGUUAGACAGAAUAUCAAACCAUCACCCUGUCUUGCUUUAUGCUAGGAAUAUACUGAGAAAUAAAUAGUCGUAAAUAAAAUAAAAUAAAAAAUAAAAUGCAAGAUUACUCUUUUUCCCCAGAAAAGACCCACUCAUAAUGUUCAUGGUUACCAGUAACAAGAUAGAAAAUGAUAUGCAUUGAAAACUUGUGAUAAUAACUAAUAUGGGAUGAAGAUAUGUAUUUGAAACUGUUGUACUGUAUCUUACAUCUGUAAUUUAUGGCUGUUUGAAGUCUUUUGCAUGUCAUAUCAGUUAUAUAUACUGCAGAGAGGCAGUAUGGUAUUUUGACUGGGUAUUCACUUAGUUGUGGAACUUUGUGUCUUUAUCCCAGAAGAAUAUCUAGCCCACUUUAUUAAAGAAAGAAUUAACUGCU